AUGGAUCCCGUCACACAUACAGCACAACAUAAUGUUCCAGUGGAUAACGAUACUAUCGAUACCACGACAGGCAUGCAUAAAAAUCCAGAAGAUAGACGUCCCUCAACACACGUCGCGCAUUACAAUACUCCAUCACCUGAUCCUAGCGCUGCCCCUCACAAAGAACGACGUCCUUCUACUCAUACCGCACAUUAUAAUACUCCACUAGCCGACUCCAAUGCUAUUCACGACACAAAUCAAAAUGCAAAUCUAGAAAUCUAUCCAGAUUCUCAACCUCCUUCCUACGAUCCUAAUCCGAGUCCUAAUAUGAAUGAGAAAUCACAUACUCAGAAUCAAACUCCUUCUCAGUUUCAGAUUCAUCCGGAGGCGCAGAAUCAGAAUGGGAAUCAGAAUCAAACGAUGAAUCAAAAUAUACCAGGAAAUCAAUACGAAAAUCAACAUCCAGCUCCGCUGACUACGCUUCAGAAAGAAUCGAGAUUGGUGCGUUGUCCCAGGUGUGGUGUGUUAGAAUAUACGCAGGUGGAGUGGGUUAGUGGGGGGACUGCUGAUAUCUCAGCACUCAUCUGCUGUUUCUGCUUUUGUCUUCCGUGUAUUCCAUACCUGAUGACGAGUUUUAAGGAUGUUCAUCAUAAGUGUGGAAAUUGUGGGGUUUUGCUUGCUAUUUGGAAAAGAAGUGGAAAUACGGAGGUUACUGCUGCUGCUAGUGCGGCGGCUGCUUCUGGUGGUACUGGUGGUGUUGGUAAUGCUGGGAAUGCUGGGGGUGUUGGACAGAAGUAA